AUGGUCAUCAUUGACAAGUCAGGAGUCCAUCGCCUCGAGACAUUCAAAUGUUUUCGACAUGGCUUUUUCCCUGCAUCAUUUAACAAGCUGAAGACCGUGUUCACCUUCAGAGUGCUAGAUGAUUUUCUGUUGGACAACCUCAAAUGCGGCACCUCAGCGAUGAACUAUUACAGCAAGCUUCGGCGAAUGACCUCGAGUGUGUUUCCCCACCUCGUUCCGGACCGAUACAGAGAGCUUAUGAGAGUCGCUCGACAGUGGAGGCAGUUAAAGUCUAUGAAAUGGCAUGGCUUUGGGCAUAGUUCCGACAACCCAAAUGCCGGAGAUCUCGCAUUAUUCUGCCCUGGCAUAAAUUUCAAAGCCGAACACCUGCAUCCCAUCAAGCCAUAUGAUGAAGUAUGGCUCUCCGAUGGGUUGGGGUUUAUGGUGGGAAAGGAAAGGUAUCGAAAGCAUCUUGAAGAGGCUGCUGACACUGUGGAAAAAUCGAGCUGCAACAAUCAUUGGGCUGUCAAUCAAGCAAAUGCAGCUCGGCACAAGCUGGAGUCCACCGGCAUCAGGGGAGUAGCCUGUGGCCGACACGGUUGCUUUGUCCCUCACUUGAUGGUAGAUUUCCAGAAAGGCGAAAGGCAAGCCGGACAUGCCGUUCAACAUUCCCGAGUUGACCAUGCAUCGUUUGCAGACAAAUGA